AGACUUUCUCUCCUCAACACUAUUCAAAAUGGGUCGCCUGCACGCUCCCGGCAAGGGCAUUUCGUCCUCUGCUCUCCCCUACCGCCGCACUCCUCCCUCGUGGUUGAAGGCCACCCCCGAGGAAGUCAUUGAGCAGAUCGUCAAGCUCGCUCGUAAGGGUUUGACCCCCUCGCAAAUCGGUGUUACCCUCCGUGACUCGCACGGUAUCCCCCAAGUGCGAUUCGUCACCGGUAACAAGAUCUUGCGUAUCCUCAAAUCGCAAGGACUUGGCCCAUCCAUCCCUGAGGACCUCUGGCACCUCAUUAAAAAGGCGGUUGCCGUCCGCAAGCACCUCGAAGUCAACAGGAAGGACAUGGACUCCAAGUUCCGUCUUAUCUUGAUCGAGUCGAGGAUUCACAGGCUUGCUCGCUACUACAAGUCCAAGCAGCAGAUUCCUCCCACCUUCAAGUACGACUCUGCUACCGCCUCCACCCUUAUUGCUUGAGCUCGUCGUAUGUAGUCUGGGCAAUUGUAUGUUUUAUGUGCAUCAUAUGGGAAUCAAACAUGAGUAUGCUCCUCGAU